AUGGCAGCAGGCAAGCAGAAAGAAGUCGGCAAAUCGGUGUCUUCAAAGCCCUUUGCUGCGAGGCUGGGCGCUUCGGCAUCAGACCUGGCGUGGUCUGCAUUCACCUACCCUCCUACGACUACCGACGCUCUUGCAUCCUUGCCAGAUGACCACAACAAAGUCGCUGCUUCCUCUUCAGCAUCUCGCCUUGCCCAAGGGCCAGGCGCUGACACUGCCCAGCUGGAAAAACCUCAAAGUACGAGACGGCCCGCAGUCAAAGAGACUUUCCGUCAGAGAUCCAAUUGGACCGAUAGAGACAUCCAGAAUGAUUUUAACAAGUUUGUGGACUCACAGCCCAAGCUUGAUGAAUCAACAAAGUGGCCAAUACUAUACGAUGAGACUUCCUUUGAGCCGAAUGACAGAGGUAUUGAAUUGCCCUUCAUUGGCAGAGCGCACGAAGACGUAAAUGACCUAUGGAGGUCCGGCGACGACAUUGGUAUGGAGCAGGCAAACGGAGAUGGUGCAGCGGUAGUCCAGCUACUUUCCCGCCCAGGUAAUCCCAGUGAGGGAACUCCCCCAGCAAAUUGGAAUCAACAAACAGAUGGGGAGUCCACAGCUCGAAGUACAAACAAUUUGCUAGAUGGUCCCAAUCAGCUCCACACUGGCGCGGAUGUGUUGAAUGACCGCAAGCUGAUGGACAUGGUUACAUUCCUUGAGUCGCACGGCGUCGAUAUGGCCCGGUAUCACAAUGAAGUCUGGGGAGACCAUUUGCUGCAUGUUGAAGAGGCCUACGAAGAAGUUCAGCAGGGCAAAGGGGAUCCAAAUACCACUAUAAAUGAGCGCCCUGCCGUUCACCGCUUAAGGAUGCUCCUCCAACAUCUAGAUCCCCACCCAAGGAAGUAG